AUGGGCGGUCUCGACGGCAUGGUCAAGUACGGCGACGCCGCGAAACUCGCGCCGCGCGUCGGGAUCGUCGUCGAGGCCGGCACCCACUGCCACGUCUUCAUCCCGGUCGGCAGCGAGUGCCGAGGUCGACGCGUCGACGUCGGACACGCGUACGCGCUGGACCGCCACGUGGCAACCGCGUUUCUGAAUCUCUUCGGCGUGCUGGCCUCCUCGUCCGCCGCGCGCGCGGUCGCCGCGGACGCCGUGUGGGGCGGCAGCGCGGCCCUGAACGCGCUCGGCCCGUGGCGCGUCGCGGUGAAGGCGCGUUCUAUCGCACACUGGUCCCCAUACGACCGCGUCGGCGUGGUGAACGCCGAUCCUUAA